UGUGUGCUACUGGCUGCUGUGGGUUGGAGGGGGCGUGAGCUCCAGUCUCCGUGCCUGUGGUCAGUAAUGAAGACUUCUCUUUUUAUCCGCAGAUUACUGAGGAACUGCACAGGGCAAGGCUGCUGCUCUAAUUCCGGACUUUUAUUUUUAAACGCCACCGAGAAGAAUGCAGACCUGCCAUUCAGCAGAUUUAUAAUGAGCCAAGAUAUUCAUAUUUCACAGGAAGUGAAAGUGCAACCAAGCUGAGGAGCACCAAGUUUCCAAGGUUCCACCCAGAACUAUGAGAACCAUCCUCGGACGAUCCCUUCUCGGCAGCGACGAUGGAAGGAGAAACGGUGGCCGACCGCCCUCCACGGGAGCCUCUUCCUAGCCGCCCGGGCUCGAGGGACCAUGCGAGGGAGGAGGACAUCUGAUCCCGAGGAGCUGAGGGAAACCGGUACCUUCUAGUCGUUUGUCCCCGGGUACCAUGACGGGAGAGACACAGCAUGUGUACGCCGUUAAUGACAACGAGACCAGUUCCAAGGACCAAGACAAGGACUUCGCCUUUGAGCCCUACGGGGAGAAUGACCUGGGGGAACUGAACGGCAGCCUGCCCGUCGGCUCCGAGCUCUGCCUGGCCAAGGCCGGCUCCCACUUCGGCCUCAAGGACAAAGAGCCCCACAGCCAAAGGGAAGCCGUCAUCAGGCCGCAGCAGGCCGGAAAGAUCGACUUCAAGUCGCUGCACAACAGGCCCAAGCUCGUGAGCGACGGCCCGUGGAGUAAUGCCAAGGGGAGUCCCCAGUCUCCCACGGGGAAGAGCCGAGCGAGGGAGAAGACCCGAAGGUCCGGGAGAGGGGAGCGGGGCCACCACCAGCUCUACAGACUCAGUAUUACCAACACCCGAGCCAAUCCCACCAUCGGGAUUGCCUACCCGCAGCAGAAGGUUACGCCGCCAAAGAAGGUAGAAGCCAACCGAGGGCCCGUGUCGGGGAGCUACCGUUUCCACGUCCCCAGCCUCCCCGAAAGAGAGGCGGAGCUCCAGCAGGAAGACCUCAGCUUUGGCCGGUGCUUCCAGGAAGCCUCCUCCAGCCUUACCUCCACCAACUAUACCUCACAGACUCCAGCGGCUGCACGGCCCCACCCCGGCGGGAAGAUUCAGAAGCAGCCCCCACCACAGCCGCCGCAGCCACAGCCGCAGCCAGCCGACGUCGGGAACCCCACCCCGGGCGGGCCGCUGCAGUAUCUGGAGUUUCAGGUGAACGGGACGAGCUCUUGGCCCUCGCCGGAAAAGAGCUUCCCGAGCGCCAACUAUGGGGUCUCCGCUCAAAAGCCCUGCCCCUUUCCGGAGAGCGGCCAGCCGAGCCCGCCCUGCUACGGACCCGUACCGUUUCAGUAUCCCUUCCAGCCGCUGCCCGAGACGCCGGCCGACCCCUUCCGUGGCGAAGCUCCCGGCCAAGAGUACGCAGACGUGUCCCUGGCAACGAGCCACGGGGCUUUCGCCUUCCACCCCCCGGCGAGAGAUUGGCAGGAGGAGCCUGGGGGCGGCGGCCGUUCUUUCGACGGCGGGCCCCGGGAGAGCCGAGCCUUCCCGCUCUCUUCCCUGCAGGCUCCGUUUCUGCAGCCGCCGACUCAAGGGAUGCAGCAGCAGCAGCACCCGCCACCUCCUCUACCUUGUUUCAAGGGAAGGAACGAACAUUCCACUGACCUGGUUGGUGCUAUCUCUUCCUCUGGUGCUAAUGACCAAAACCCCAGCACUUUUCCAGAAAACCAAGCCGUUUUUCCAACUAGUUUACACAGCAGCAGCGGUAUGCUCAAGUCAGCCGGUAAGAGGCCUCCCUCGGCUAAAGACGGUGUACCUAACCAAAGGAUACUAACUCAGAGUAAUGCUCUUAGAAGGAAUAUACCACAGAGCUCUCUACCCCAAGUGCACUUUCCGAACAAAAUUUAUAACGGCCUCACGGCUAAUGGCCCGAGUCCAGGAUCGGUGCCUUUGGACAAGAGCAUUUCCACGUCAGCACAAAGUCACUCCAGGCCACCCCAGCCCUGGGACGGGAGCAAGAAGGCAUUUGCGCCGAUUGACCCCAGUUCAGCACCUUAUUCCACGCCUCCCGCAGCCGCCGGGAACCAGUUCUCAUUUGAGUGCCAGCCCGGUGCUGAGCAGAGGCCGCACGUUCCCCAAAAUGCCAGGAUGCCUUGGCAGCAGAUUCAUCUCACCUCUGUCCUGCCGAACCAGAACCGGAUUGAGUUGUCAAGACAGCUGACCAACCAGAAGCUGCCUUUCCCCCUGGGCCCUUUGGAGUGGCAGGAGGGCAGCAAGAUGCAGAAGGCUGGGUUUUUGCACGCCCCCACCAGCUACCAUAGCAAAAAGCAUCUGCCAGGAGAGCAGAUCCUCACCCCGAGGCUCGAUCCCAUCCAACCCAACGGGACUUCAGGGACCGGCUUCUCCUACGAAAGCCUGAAGGAAGCUGGCUCGCCACUGUGCGACUCCCGGCCCAAACCCUUGUUCUUCAGCGUGAACCAGCCUCCGCCUCCAGCGUCGGCAAGAGGCCCUUCCAAGCCGCCUCUGGCCUUGCCGCCGAUGGGGCUGGUGGCAGCCUCGCCGGGCGAAUCUCCUCUAUCCUCCCCGACCCCCAACCCCACGUGCAGCAGCAGCACUUGUUCCUCCCUCUCCCCCAUGUCCGGCAGUCCCGCCCACCAGAGCUCAGAAGAGAGCCAGGUCCCCGGACCACUCACCCCAUCUCCCUUCUUCCACCACCUCCCGGCUCACCCAACGGAAAACUGUAAGCCAUUUCACGGCCCAGACCAGCCGAAUCCCAUCUCGCUUCACUACCCGACGGAGCCUGCCAAGCCCUUCCAUUUCCCCCCUGAGGCGCUGAAGGACGACGGCCUCUUCAAGUGCCUCCAGGAGAGCCAGCUCCCCAGACCCAGCUUAGAAGUCAGCAAGGGGGGCCUGGAAGGCUUUGAAAGCGAGCCUCCCCCUCCGCCUCCUUAUUCCUCCCAUCACUUGCUGGCCAACUCACUGAGCAGCGCCAACCUGGAUCAACUAGACGUCCUUCUGACCUGCCGGCAGUGUGAUCAGAACUACAACAAUCUCUCCUCUUUCCUGGAGCACCGUCAGUACUGUGGCCUGCCCCCGGCCUUCCUGGCCGAGAUGAGAGAUGCGUCCAGGCAGGCCGACGGUCGAAAGCGCCCCCCGGACCCUCCGAGGCCUCCUCAGGCUGGACCCGGAUCGGCUGGGCCCAAAGGGCCUUCCGACCCCCACUCCCACUCUCUCCAUCUCAACAAGCCGGUGGAUUUCCUGUUAGACGGAGACAUCAAAGGGGAGGCUAAGGAAGAUCCCCUGAAAGCCAACUUCUUCCUCGGCCUCACCACAAAUUCCUUGUCCCUCACGGCUUCCGAUUUGGAAAUUGACGAUGCCAAACUGGACAGUCUCAUCACAGAGGCCUUGAAUGGUCUGGAGUACCAGUCGGACAACCCUGAGAUCGACAGCAGUUUCAUAGAUGUCUUCGCCGACGAGGAACUCGUGGGCACAAAACCGCCCGGGAGUGGACCGGCCUGCAAGGCUAAGGAAGGGUCACCUCCGGAGAACAGGCUCAAAUGUGCCAUCUCAGAGGGGCAGCCGGGGUCUCAGCCCAAAAUGGCCUGUCACUUCGAGGAAGGCGUCCUGGCCAGGGAAAAAGUUAAAGCCACACCUCCUGGAAAGCCACUCAGAGAGAAAGAAAGGGCCAGUUCUGAGUUAGCCAGGCAGGAGCAUGAUGAGAGGGAAAAACUGUCCAGGAAAGAGCCAGCUCCGGACCGGGCCCAGAGCCCGCCGGGUGGGGACAGAACAGCCAGAGCCAACAGGUGGAAACCGAGGACCGAGUCCGGCUGUACCUCCCCGGCCUCUGGUCCUCAAAGCAGACUCGAUCCAGGGGACACGAGAAGCCAGUCCCGAAAGAGCCGGGCAGAUCCAGCCCCGGACAGCAAAAUCAGUCCAGAUGUGGCCAACCCGCAGGGCGGUGGGGGCAGAAGCUCAAAGCUCCAUCGGUUCUCGGCGAAGGAGCUAAAGAAGCGAAAACCCCGGAGUGGGACCUGGAGCAAAGAACUCAUUCAUAAGAUCGUGCAGCAGAAAAAUAAAUUCCACAAGCUGCAUGUGAAGAACAACAAAAACGUGCAGAUUUCUGUUGUGACAGAGAGAUCCGUGGUCCCAGCCCGGGACAGCCCAUGCCGGGAGUAUGACUACAUUUCCGAUUCAGAUGAUGACCACCCUGGAUCCUCGAGCUUGCGUGGGCAAAGGCGGGCGACCCCAGACAUCAGUAGGAGGCCCAGGUACAGCUUGGCAAGACGGCACCCACCAAAUGGAGAGCGGGUGAGAGCAAAGGAACCCAGCUGGAGGUGCAGAGAGAAGAGGGAUGUCCGGGAGCACAGAAAGCCUCUGGGCCCAGAGGUGGAGAAACAGAGGGGGAGCUUUGCCGGGGCCCAGAGGCAAUCGGAAAAGAAGCCCAGUGACAGCAUGCCGGGCAUCGGUCUGCCCGAAGAGCCAGCCAGCAGCCCCCUAAGCACCGAGCAGGUGGAUUCUGGCCAGAAAAAAGAAAGUGGACAAAGGCCCCCGGGAGCCUCAGACCCCACAGCUUCUCUCCCAAAGGGCCUCCCAUUUGCUCUUGACACCAAAGAGGUGCUGGAGGAGCACCCCCUGUCACCAGAGCACUUUUCCCAAGGAGUCCAGAGAUUGGAGAUCACAAAAUUUCCAACCACCAGUCCCAAGGGGCAGUCGGAAAGCCAAUCACACCUCUCACUGACUGGCUACCUGAAUGAAGGCGGUUUGCCCCAGGAGAAUGAGAAACCCUGUCAGAGUAAAGGAACUUCCAGCAACAGUACCGGCCAGCUCUUUGGCAAGGACAGUGCUACUGAAGAAUCCAAGACAGCCACCGACCGUGCCAACCUGGUGCCGAGCGCUAUCUCCGAGACCCCAGAGAUGUCCGUUUUGCCCACCAUCGCCCAUGGCGGGAGGCAUCCAUUUCCCACCUACAGGGAAGAGCCCCUCAGAUCCCACCCAGAUGAGUUCAGUAGUUCAUCUCACAUCGCUAAUGAUGUGAAUACCAGCUACCCGGAAGCUGGCCUCAAAUACUUAAAGCACCACUGCUUUGGCCCUGACCAUAAAGAUUUGGGGGCACCCACUGGAUGUUAUACCGGGGAGCCCGUCAGAAUGAUGUUGGCUGUCAAAGGGAGUAAUUCCUUUGGGAAUAUCCCUUCUGAUGUAUUCCACGGACACAAAGACUUGUCUAGUCAAUACAGUGGGGAUCUUUACCCCAAGCCUCUGCCCCUGGAUUCUUCACCCAUGGAGAACAUGUAUCUGUGCCGGGAAGACAUGAGUGCCAACUCUUUUGAGUCAAAAAACUCCAAGAUGGCACCCUUCGCCACAGAAGUUGAACCACCCAAAGCCUCCUCGCCACUUAGCUUUGAUUCCUCUUCCAUUUUUGCUUCCCUCCCCGUCGCUGGGUUUGACACUCCGGUGUAUGACAGUGUGCCCUCGAGCAAAGAUAACUACAUUUCAUUUGCUUGCGAUGGCAACACGCCGUGUAAAAAUACCCCAUUUGAACAACAGUACCCUUCCUUUAUGCAUGAGAAAGACUGGAACCUGAUGGAGAAUGUGUCACCAAUUCUGCCCGAGGACAUGACCGAUUUUCAUGGCCUGUCGGGGGAAAAGUCCAGGCAGAAGAAGUUCCCCGAUGAAGAGGCGGUGACUACUAGCCAGAUCCCUUCACCGGAAAAGAUGGGGGAUUACAAUGCCCCUUUCAUGUCCAGCAUGUCAGAGGACGAAUUGGAGAUCAAACGGUUGGUGACAGAACUGGAAAGCCAACUCCAAAGCAGCAAACUUAAUAAUGUGGUUCCCCCUUCCCAGCCAACUCCUGAGCAAUUUAUGGACGCAGGACAGCCAGAAGUAGCUCCCCAGUUCUCACCCUUACCCCUCCAACAAGAACCUGGCCAUGAGAAGAGUCUGUUCUUGAAAACCGACAUUAACGGUCUCGGAAACCCGAGGCUCCUGAUCCCUGAGGCCCAUGAUGGACAAAACCCGGAGAGGGAGAGAACGGCAGCCACCCAUCUGGAUGGGAAUUUUGACAGUCACGGCGGAGCCUGGUCUUGCCCUAUCCCAUUUGGGUCUUUGGAAUCAAGUCUGGCUACCACCCCGGAUGAAGAGUCUCCCUCCAUAGAUCGUCUUGGCUCCCAGCUGGUCUGCCACCAAUUUCAAGUGGCUCUGCAGGAAGCUGACAUUUCAAAGAAAACUCAGGACGUACAGAGAGAACGGGAGUCCCCGAUCCUGUCCGAUGUCUCUGUGCCAGAAACGCUGAGCAAAUUAGACCCUACAGCCUAUGCAGAGACUUUGACAAAGAACAGUCCCAUCCCUGAGACUCUGUUUUCUAAAAAUAGAGAGUCCAGCAAAUUAAAUCAACAAACUAUUUUGCAAUUCCUUCCAAGAAAGCAGGGAGAAAAUGUUUUUCCAGACCCUCACAAAACAGAUCAGACAUUCAGCGAUCCACCUGAAUUGGAAACACUUAGCGGUCAAGUUACCAAGCUGAAACCUGAAUUUGCUUUUCAAGAUGAACCAGUUCCAGUUCUGGACAUCGACCCUCCCCCUCAUGCCAAAAAUGUCGACGCUUCAGGGGAGAGAGCUUCAGAGAAGGCGCAGGGGUCAGAAAUUCCCGAAAGGACAAUCCCCUACCCCCAUGGGAGCGAUGAAACAGCCUUGGAGGGGAACGAGAAGGCUAUGGACCUGGGAGAAGGCCAGCCUGCACCCUCCUGGGACAAGCCUGGGGCCCAGAGCACCGCAUUGUUUGAUAUGCUCAGUUUGGCUAAAGAAAUGGAUCAUGAAACAGAAAAGUCCCCAGCCUCCCUAGACUCAUCAGCAAAUCCCUUACAACAGCUUCAGCUGUUUGUGGCCAGGACCGUCAAGAGCAAUGAAGAGGAAAUGAUGAUGCCCUGCUUCCCAAUGCUGCUGUCCGUCACUCCACAACCUCCAAGCACCGGUGCCCCAUCUGACCUGAGUGGGGAGACCGUGGGGCGUCCGGCUGGGCCCCGUGGCCACGCCGUCACGGCCGACGAGUCCGACGGAGGGGAUGGGCGGAUGUCAGCCGUCGCCUCUGAAGCAGCAGACCUUCAACUUCUCCCGGAGGCAGGUGGACAUCUGGGAUCACUCAGUGAAACCGAGUUGUAUGCGGCAAAGCGAUCCAAAUCGGAGAACCACGAAGUGCAAAAUAACGUGACCCAGCUGCAGCACUUAGGAGAUGAGUGUUCGGAGCCAGACGACAUUAAUAUCCGCGCAGAUGGUGUUUCACAAGAGCGUGACAACCUCUCGCCCUUUAGCAACACGACCGAAAAUCAACUGGGCAGGCAGGUAGAAGAGUGCACAAAUCAGAUUGCCCAAGAGCUGGAGCGAGAUAAAAAGAGAGCAGCCUUGACAUUUGAAACCCACCAGCAGCCUUCACUCUUCAGCCCUGGCUUGUUUGAGAAGGAAGCAAGAGGCGAGGCACCGCCAGAAACCCCAGCCAGAAGCGGGGCCGAGGACGGGUCCCAGUGUGUCGAACCUGAUCGUGAUGCUCAUUUGCCGUUGGCUUUAGAAACCUCACCGACCCGCGGUCACCACCUUGAGGAGUGGGAAGUCCCGCCCCACGGCCACAGGUCCUCCCUCCCAACUGGUCCCAAGGAUCUCCCUGAAAAGACACCCCAAGACCAUCCUUUGUUGCCCGAAAUAAACACUGGUCCAACGGCCGCUUCCAUCCCUAUAGAGCCCAGUGCCGAGAGAGAGGCACAACAAACCGCUCCCUAUGGAGAGGACUCUCCCACCAGCCUGCCCCAGCAACCUAGUUUUCUGGACCAGCAGUGUCUGCAAGGUAGUGGUCUUGAAAGCUUGGAAAGAUCCAGAGACUCUGGGACAGGAAACAAAGAGCGUGACGUGCCUGCGCUUGAUUCAGCAGCCCAGUCGGCGGCAUAUUCUUCAAAGAGGGGCCCUUCUGAAAUGGGAAAGAGCCUAGGUGAUCCCCCCACCCGAAGCCUCCUGGAGAAACCCAGCUGGGAAGAUACUCAGUUAUUUCAGCCUAGCCUACAGGAUGGCCACAGCUGCGUCCCAUCUCCCCCUCCCACGGUGGACAAUGACAGGCUCUGCCUUGAAGAGGACAGUCUAAACCACCCAAAGGGUUCCAGAAAAGAGCUGCCAGGAGCCUCUCAAGCUUUUCCGGGCCCCAGCGAUGCCCCAGUUUCUCCUCAGAGAGUGGCAACACCUUCAGAAUUGCAAACACAUGGUUCUCCUUCCUCCGCUGUGGACCAGGAACACUUGGGCAGAGGGCUGUCCUCUGGAAGCAUCCUCAUGGAGGCAUUUGAUCCCCUGAACAAAAUAAGUAGAGGAAGUUCCAUCCCAAAUGGGAUGCUCAAGAGACAGGUAACACCAUUCCAAGGGGCCCCAGCUUGCCUUUCCCCAAAAGAGAGGCAAGAGUGCACUGUUGGGCCUGCAGAUUGUUUGACAAGAAGGGAUGCAAAAGAAGAGCUGGAUCUCAAUUCCCACCAAGAAAAAGAAACUAGAGGUGGGAGCUGCCAUAGUGGAGAAAACCCAGAGACCUCGUGCCGUGAGGUUACCUCUCAGCAGAAAGGACUAGUUGGGAGUCCCGACCUUCCUCAGAUGCCUGGGGUCGGCAUUACUGACCCGGAGGACAGGGACCUGCCUCUGAAAGACAGCAGAAAUAAUUAUCUAAGAAUAGAGUCAUCUGCCAGUCACAGAAAUGGCCUCAAGGAGUCACCCAGCAGUAAGAAGGCGGGGGCUUCGGACCUCCUCCGGAAUGAGAGCUUAUUGAAACCUCCAGCAUCAGAUUUGAGGAAUGGCCAUUGGAAUGAUAAGAAACCCAAUGGGCUUCAAGUCACUUGUGAAAUCUGUUCAUCCUCCUUUCGGACCAGACCUGGUUUGAUGAGACACAAAGCCGUAAAGCAUCGGAAGAAAAAUGAUGGCUCCCUGCUGCCAAAUAAAAUGUCCAAGUCUGGUUGUAGCCUUCUAGAGAAAACACCCCAAAUGUCCCGGGGCAGCGACAAUAAGAAAAGUCUAAAGGUCCCUACGAGAGAGAAAGUGGUAGGUAACUCACUCAUCAACACCAUUCCUACUGCUGGGUCUUCCCUCCCAAAGGCCCCUGCAGCUCUCCGGAAGGUACCCAGGGCUCAGGGGCAAGAGAUUCGUCCAGGACUGAGUGACCUCAGCAUUUCAGCUCCUCCACUUCACCGAGAACUCCACUGUCGAGAAACAAUAAGUGAAAAAAAAAAGGUGCAACCUCGGGCCCCUUCUGCAGGGAAAUCAGAUGAGUCCCUCAUGGGAAAACACAGACCUAAAAAGCGAAACCAAAGAGAAAAAGGCAGAAGAUGCAGAAGCAAAGAGCCUCUGAAUUUGAACAGUAAUUCUGAACGGAAAUUAAGUCGGAAAGUGAGAAAAGGGAAAAUUAAAAGGUUUUCACGUGAAAGCGCAGACAGCGUACCUUCUAACUUGGAGAAAUCUAUCCCUGAAGUUUCGUCUGAUGUGAUUUUCAAGAGCGCUGAUUCAAAUCCAUCAAAUUCUGACUCAAGUUUUCCCACCCAGCCCAACGUUUCCCCUAUGUCGAAGGAAAAAGACUGGUCUCAUUCAUUUCAACCGUCUCACAAACCCAAACAAUUGCCCAGGGCAACCAGGAAUUCCGAUGACAUGGGGAGAGAGGUGCAGGCUUUGGAGGAAAAACUUAGUCAGAAGUCCCAACAGGAUGGAAUAAGCAGUCAAGAGAGGAUAGAGGUGCUCUCUUCAGUGGACAAACCGCCAGCUGUUGACAAGGAGCGGGAAAGUGGUUUCAAGGGGCGAGUAGAGGACGUGUCUUAUGGGGUGUGCAAAGCAGUAAAUGAAGACACAAAUGGAAAGAGUGUAGAGAAAUGUAAAUCGGAAGGAAAUGUGGUAGAGGGAAACAUUUUGGAAAACCAAGUUAACCCUAAGAAACAUCCACCCCCGAAAUCUGUUAAGCCAGACCUGACCUUAGAAACUCCCAAGUCAGAAACAACAAAAGCCAAAAUCAGUAGCAGUUUGCCCGAAGUCUUCUCCAAGGAUAGUUUAACAGAAUCGGAAGCCUGGGAUAAGGGAGAGAGGGGGCAGGACCAAGAAGCAGAUGCCAAAACCGUGGCUGACGUCGACCUUCCUGGUUUGUUUGAUGAUGAAACCACCUUUUCCCAACUCUUCCCACGGGACGAUCACUUCGUCCGGAGGAAAUGCACCCGUGUCUAUGGGAAACGACCAAAGAAACCCAGACCAAGCCCGGAGCCCCAGAGGCAGGAAGCCAGUACAGCAGAGCUGACCUCCACCCGGCUGCCCUCUGAUCUGGGGGACACCAGCUCUUUCUGUGUCACCAGGGACGACCCUUGUGAAUAUGAAACCGUCUCCACCGAAGAAACCCUCAAGGUGGAGAUGUGUCGAGGCAGCAGAUCCGAGGGGAGUGAGAGCCCAAAGGUGACCCAGGGGCCAGAUAGUGAAAAAGGCCACGGCAAAAAGGCAGGGAUAGAUCUGGAUGAUGACAGAGUACUCGCCUAUCUCUGCCCGAAAAACAGGGCGGAAACCAUCCCGAAUCUGCCCCUGUCUCCAGUUGUUUGGAACAGCUUAGAGAAGGAGCAGGAGAGUGCUGACGGGAUGUCCUUGCAAUUAUCUCCGGAGUUUUCCUUUGGGGAAAACAGCCCAGAGCCCCCCGACCUGGAAGAAGAAUCCUUUGACAGUCACAUCAACGAGGACCCAGACUCGCCAGAAUUCCACACCAUUGACUUUGACAUGUUACGUGCAAAGUUCGAAGCGAAAGACGUCGGCUUCUUCGAUGCUGGCGACGACCACCCCGACCACUCUGACCUAAGCACUUUAAAUUUCAAGCAGAAGGCAACCCAGCCCCAAAGACAUAGUCAGGUGAAACAAGAAGAAGGGAAAACAGGGAAGUCCCGCGGCGACGUGACCAUCAAGACCAAGGAUAAGCAGUACAAGUGCAAAGUGUGCUUUCAGUGGUUUCUCACACUGGGAGAGUUGGACUUUCAUAAACUUACCCACAAUCCUUCCCCUCCUCCCACCUGCUAUAUGUGCGUCCAGCGUAAAUUCAGCUCCAGGGAACAACUGAGAGAUCACUUAAAAGAGAAGCAUGCUAAAAACAAGGCUGGCCUCUGGGCGUGCGGCAUGUGUCUCAAGGAGAUCUCAGAUGUCUGGAUGUACAACGAGCACCUAAGGGAACACGCCACCCAGUUUGCCCGGAAGGGCCAGACCCAGAAAUCUGGGAUGGGGCUGCCUGACUGCUUCGGAGAGGACAGCGCAGUCACCCGCUUCCUGAACACCAUCAUGUGCCGGAAGCCCAGGUCCCCCGGCGGCAAACAUCCCUCCGGCAAAGAAAGCAGAGGGGCCAAAGAGCCACUGGAGCAAGAGACGAGUGGGAAUAGAGAGCUCGUGGACGCUAGUGGGAAAAAUAAGCCCUCUCUCCCCGUCCCCGCCGUCUCCAGUAGCCUGUCUCCGGACCCAGUACUAAAGAGUGAAAACCCUUCCAAAGCUGUCCCCAUGCAUCCGGACUGCAAAGAUCCUUCCAGGGACUGCCAUCACUGUGGCAAGCAGUUCCCCAAGCCCUUCAAACUCCAACGCCACCUGGUAGUGCACAGUCUCCAGAAGAUCUACCUGUGUGACCGAUGCCCAACGUUUUACCAGGAGACCAGGGAGCUCCGCAGCCACCUGAGCCAAGAACACAGGGUGAGGGAGGAGCCCGAGAUCAAGCACACCACCCUGUACGCGUGCGAGCUCUGCGCCGAUGUCAUGCACGUCAUCAAAAAGUCUUUCAUCUGCAGCAUGUGCAACUAUACCUUCUCCAAAAAGGAGCAAUACGACCGGCACAUGGAGAAGCAUCUGGGGGGAGGGAAUAGGACUUUCAAAUUCAGGGGGGUUCUGAGGCCAGGGAGUGCGGCCAGGGACAAGGCUGAGAAAACGACAGAGGAGCCACGCCCGCCGGAAGGGAUGCCUCCCAGCAAAAAACGAAAAGUGGCCCUUCCCGGCGCCCAGCUGGGGCCAGACAAAGAAGGGUCUCUGUCAGCUUCGGACCGUGGCCACGGCAGAAUCUCACCCUUGAGUCAUGAACCUUCUCCCGCUCCUCAGGAGCACUUCCUGGAGGAAGCUUCCAGUUCCCCAGCAGGCUCGCCCAAGGCUUCCAUGAAAACGGAUCAGCUGGUGGGCAACCUUCCUGACCUCCUGGCCCAAAUGGAGAAGUCACCGUUUGAUCUUCUUCGGUCCCCGCCACUCUGUUUGUCCCCUCCAGCAGAACUCAAGGAAGACAGUGCAGUGGUUCUUACCCUGGAUGAGGCAGGGGAGGAGGAGCCAGAAGUGCCCUCUCUUCGUCCCCUGGAGUCAGCCAAACUUGGGGUGGGUCCGGGCCCACCCAAACCCACAAGAAUCCAGGAAACGAAGGAGAAGCCAUCUCAUCCUUUGUCUCCAGGGAAACGUGGACACCUAAAUGCCCAAGAUAAACCCAGAGUGAAAGGAAACGGAGACGUUGCCGAAGAGUUCUUGAGCUGUUCCCACUCCCCAGAAGGCUCAACAACCGCAACCCCUGGGCUUAGAAUAGGAAAGAAAAUCCCGGCAUUUCCCACCUCCAGAACUGAUACUCCACUGCUGAAAGACCCCCAGAAGGCCCCGGGCAGUGAGCCUAAUGUAAGCGUGGCUGCACAAAGGGAAUGUUCCUCCAGAUUGAGUUCUCUGGAGUCUUCCCACCACACACAGCCCUUGAAGGACAGGACGGCAUCCCCAAUCCUCAACAGGGCCGCAAAGGAUUCAGCUUCCCACAGGAAAACGGUACCAAGCCAGAUGCACAGCGAGCCUGUCUGCCGGACCCAUGGCCCUCUGGAAAGUUCUGACGAUGGGCCAAAGCCUGCCAACCCCAAAGGCAAGGCCGAGGCCAGCCAAGCCAAGGAUGGUCCUGGACGGGGCAUCAGAGACGGAGGCAGCAGUCAGACCAAGCUUGCCAGUAGUCAACUCAAAAAUGAGACAGUAACAACUCCCACUAAACCAGGCCCCCUGGAUUCCGGCAAGUCUUCCGACAGGCCCACUCUGAAUGGCUCGGCCAAGAACUACUCCAAGAAGCCAAAAGACCACAGGGGUUCGGCGUGCAAAGGAAGCUCAGCCUCCAGAGAGAAUAUUGAGGGAGAUGGGAAGAAGAAGAAAGUUCGUUUGCCAGGACCGGGGAGGAGCGAUGGUGCUGGUGGCUUCAGAAGAGCCGAGUGGGGCAGUGAAGGGUCCAUCCUUCCUUCAGGGAGGAGGGAAACCCAGAACCCCAAGUUGCUCCCCAAAGCCAGGUCCGUGGAAACGAGCAAUCAACUGAAGAAAACCGUGCUGGACCCCUAUAACCAGAAGAAGGCCGAGCUUCGCCACACCAAUGGGGACUUUAAACGCAAGAAGGACCUUUUGCGGAAGUCUUUCCAUGAAUUUAUAGCCAAGGGGUCGGCCGCAUCGCUUCAUGGCUCUAUAAAUAGGAACCGAGCUGUCCGAGGUGCUAAACCUGCUGACUCCCACAAUUACAGAACAGUUGAAUCCCAGAACAAUCUCCUAAGUCAACUCUUUGGACAAAAAAUAACUAGUUUUAAGAUUCCUUUGAGAAGAGAUACUUCUGAGUAAUUUAUAAAACUGACUUAGCCUGAUCCUCAGCUGCCUUCAUGAGGUUUAGGAGGGAAAAAAAUGAUCAAAGCAUUAAAUUCAUUUGUGUAGCAUGAUUUCUCUGUCUAGCUUAAAUGAACUUGCACUGCAGUCUCUGUGAAAAUAAGUCUGCUUUGUGUCUACUAAUCUGCUUUAAUUCACCUGAUUUAUCAUGCAAAUACUAGGACUUUGAUGUUGCUGAUGAUUUUCAUGAACUGAAAUUGUAAUCGCUUUGGGCAGACCGAAUUGUCAAGAGCAAUUUCUUUCUUGCAGAAGUGCUGAGGUUAUGAGGAUACUUGCAAAUCUCAGCCUUUUUGAGACUGUGUCUGUUAUCUUUGUACAAAGUACUUGAAGAGAUGAACUUCACUCCAUAUAUGUCUUAUUCAGAAGGUGCAGUACACUGUAGAGAGCAAAUUUUGAAGAUUUUGCACAAAUUAGCCUGUUCGGUUCAUCUGAUUGGGAACUGAUUCAAAGCGGUACACAUUAAAAAUGAAAGCAUAAAUUCCAUUUGGAGUCUAUUGCUCUCUGGGCUUGAUCACCAUUCUGGAGACAAUCUUGACCUGCGUACCGAGAACGUAAUAAAAUGUCUUUGAUGUUGUGCAGGCCUUAUUUCCAACAGUAAAGCCAUUAUUUGACCACUGUACCCACUGCCAAUGGAUGAAAAAUGCGGGAUAACUGCACCUUGAAAUGGAUCACAAACUUUUUUCAUUGAAAAUGGAGAAAAUUGUGCUAAUUUGCCACCACCAACUAGUACUGACUGAAAGACCUCUAACUAUCUUACUGUAUGGAGUUAGUAGCUAUAGGUAUCAACUCUUUCACUAUGCAGUUCCUGGUGCUAUUUUCACUUUGUAAUGUGAAUACAGACUUCCUUGACUUAAUUUUUUUUUUUUAAUGAAGGGGGAGCCUGUUAGGGAGUAACUAUUAUCGGAAUUAAAGGAAAGAGAAAGGCAUAGCCAGAAAAGAAAUAAUUUAUGCUGGUACUCCAUGGAUUUUGACAUCACUUAAGGGUCUGUCCCAUUAUCCCACAGUUAAUACAACUGAACUUUGCAGUUAGAAAAACUCAGGUGCAAACGGGGACAUGGAAGAUUAAUAGGUGAAUGAAUCCUAGUCAAGAGCUCCCAGCUCAAGGAGGUGUAUUUAUGCACUGAUGUGAUACAGUCAGAGUACUUUGCGUCUGUCCUGCAAUUUUUUUUAAGAUUUAAAAUUUAAAAUAGAGGCUUUAUUCUGUUAAUAUGUAUCUUUAUGGUUCAUUGUAAUGUAAAAAAAAUGUCGGUAUUUACCUUGGGUGCAAUGUGUAUGUCAAAAGUUUUUAUUUUGAUAUUUUGUCAGAGAGCAGAGUGAGCAAGAAUUGCCUUUUUAUGAUGUUGUAUGUGUGCUAUUAAAGUGCCUCUUUAAUAUUGUUAAAUAAAGUAUGAGAUGAAAAUA